CUCGAUCGGGCCUCGAAUUGGCUCGGAUGCGUGCGUGUGUGCGUGUACCUGCAUGAGUACGUAGAAGUAUUCAUCUUCGACGUGUCUUCGAUCUAGUUGUGGUUCACCUUCUUAAGACAAUCUCAUUUCCGUCUCUCUUCUCUUUCCUAUCCCUCUUCCAUAUUCCUUUCUUGUACUUUUCUCUCUUUCCUAAGGACAUACUCUCGUUACUAUAGUCCAGAGUUUCUUGUAUUUGCGUUACACUAUUGCCAUACUAUCAGUCACAAUGCCUUCCAUCAACAGUCUCCUCACAAUGGCCCUCGCAGGCUCGGCCAGCGCUGCGUUCCAGGGCUUCAACUAUGGCGCGACCUUCACAGAUGGCAGAGUGAAGGCUCAGUCCGAUUUUGAGAACGAGUUCAAGACCGCCGCUGGCCUCGAGGGCACCAGUGGCGCCUUCACCAGCGCUCGCCUCUACACCAUGAUCCAGGGUGGCUCAAUCAACCAGCCCAUCUCUGCUAUUCCUGCUGCUAUCAAGACCAAGACUAGCCUGCUCUUUGGUCUCUGGGCUUCUGGUGACGGCUUCGCCAACGAGAUCGCCGCCCUUAAGAACACUGUCGAUCAAUACUGUGGACAACUCGAUGACCUUGUCGCUGGUAUUUCUGUCGGAAAUGAGGAUCUCUACCGUAUCUCUCCCACUGGUAUCAAGGCCAAUGAGAACCCUGGUACCAAUCCUGACGUCCUGGUCGACUACAUCAAGCAGACUCGUGCUGCUAUCAAGGGUACUUGCCUUGAGUCUGUCCCCAUCGGCCACGUCGAUACAUGGACUGCAUAUGCCAAUGCUUCCAACAAUGCUGUCAUUGAGGCCUGUGACUGGCUUGGCAUGGAUGCUUAUCCCUACUUCGAAGAUACCAAGAACAACCCCAUCUCAGAGGGUGCAAACCUCUUUAAGGCUGCCUGGAAUGAGGUCAAGGCUGUUGCUAAGGGCAAGGAGAUAUGGGUCACUGAGACCGGAUGGCCCGUCAGCGGCAAGACAUAUGGCAAGGCCGUUCCCUCUACCAAGAAUGCUCGCACCUUCUACGAGGAUGUCGGUUGCCCUAUGUUUGGAGAUAUCAAUGUCUGGUGGUACACACUCCAGGACUCUGCUCCUCAGACCCCUAACCCCAGCUUUGGCGUCAUUGGUACCGAGUUGACCGAGAAGCCCCUUUACGACCUCAGCUGUGAUGAGAAGAGCAAGAAGGGAACUCUGGUUAGCCGCAGCAACGAUGCGUCUGGCAACGUUGAGCACCGCUUCGUCAGCCCUUCUUUCGCAACUGGUAACUAUACCAACGGAACUGUGCCUGUCGUGCCUGGCACUCCCACUUCUCUUGUGCCAACUCCCUCUUCUACCUCCGGCAACGGCGGUUCUGCCGCAACUCCUUUGCCCGGCAGCGGUGCUCAGCAGCUCAACUCAAUGGGUGCUGCUGCUGUCGCAUUCCUUCUUGCCGCUGCUCUGUUGUAAGCGGGAAUUUUAUGAUUAAGUUAUGAUUUCUCGGAUAUAGAAUCGGAAUUGGUAAUGGGCAUUGGGACAGGACAUACACAAGGCGCACCUGAGUACAUACAUAUGAGCACAUGAUUUAACAAUGAGUCGACAUGUGUAUACGAUGAGAAUUGAAUAAUAUGAGUUCUACAAUUUCGA